AAACUCUACAUAAAAAAACAUAAGGCCCAGCUGGUCUGUCACUGUCCGGCUCGUGUUUAUGCUAAGAAAAAAAUUCUUUCUUUUGCAAAUCGUGCGCCUUAAUUAACUAAAUUUGCUGGCUGGCUGGGGUCAUUGUUAAGAACAAUUUAGUAUGGAAGAGGACCAGCAAUAUUUGCAACCACCCGUGCAGGCAACAGGGUCCGGCUUAACUUCAUAUGGCGACGGAAUGGACGAAGUGCUCAAUGUGCUUUUCCCACAGGGGAUAAUUCCAGGAAAUAUAGGACCUGAUGAAGCUGCAUAUCUGUCAAGAUUGGGAGCGCAAGGUCUCGAGUCGUUGAUGGGAGAAGUUGCCCGUGUUAAUGAAGAACUUGCUAUUAUCGAACAUCAAACGAGAGACAUGGCAUCGCAAAAUUACCAAAUUUUUGUUCAAUCAGCUCAAACUACAAAUCUGAUAAAGAAAUCUUUAUCUGAAGCCAAAUCAUGCGUAGAAAAUUUGUCCUCGACAACGUUCCCGGAUUUUAAGACCAAGACUGAAACCUUUGUUGGAGUGACUGGGCCGUGUGCUCAAUUUCAGCAAAAUAUGACCGGUGUUCAAUCUCUGUUGGAGAAGGAGGUGGAACUCAAUCAAGUCCUGGACAUGCCGUGGGUGGUGAGGCGAUGCUUGGCUGCCGGCGAGGACAAAAUGCUUCCGGCCAUCAAGAUUCUUCACAUUGUGAUGGAUUAUAAGAAGAGUAUGGGAACUGGUGGUGACAGUGGGGAACAAGACUAUGUACCACCGGCUUUAGCAGAAACAAUAUCAUCCGUCCUCCAACUUCAGACCCAAAUUCAGUCUGCUCUUCUUCAAAAGCUACAUUCACCCUCCAUCACGCUCUCUGAAUGUCUCCAGUCGAUUCAACUGCUUCGAAAUUUUUUCCCUUCGGAUAAAGCCCUUCGAUUCCGUUUCCUUCAAUCACGAAACAAUCCGGGACUCGCUUUUGAAAAUGCUCGUUCCUGGAUCUUUGAUACCCUAACGCAACACAGGGCUGCAUUUGGCCAGGAUUCUUCUCACUAUUUGAGCACUUUCAUUGCCCUACAAAUUCAACGCGUCCUUCUCGACUUGAAUAAGCAACUGGAGACUUCGGGUCAAAAUUUGGACUCUUUGUUUAUGAAUGCAUCCUAUUUUGGGGAAAGUUUGGCACGUGUUGGAGCUGAUUUGAGGGGUCUCUCUGUUCCACUUUUUAGCGAUUUUCUAGUCAAGAAAGGAACUCAUGAACUUCUCCAAGCGGAAAUGAACUUUUCCAGGAAUCUGCAUCAAUUUAAUUUGUCAACGUGCCUUAUUCAGCAAAGGGUAGAGCAACUGGGACUAAUUGGAUUUGAGGAUCCUUCUGCGGGAGGAGCAGAACUUCCGUCGCCUCUGAAAGGAAAUGAUUAUAACCCACCACCCCAACUUUUGACAUUCCAUCCUCUCGCAAUCUACUGCAAUGAUGUUUUAACCCUGCUCAAUUUCAUUGGGAAAUGUCCUCUCAGUCAAAGUGUGGACUUUAGUCGAAAAUUGAAUCAGAGUGUGAGCAAAAUAGGCCAUGAGUUGGAGGGAUGGAGUGAAGGCGAAUGGGUCACGUGGGAGCAGAGGGAACAACAACUCUUUUACAGGAUGAGGUCAUUUUUCGAACAGUUGCUCGUUCCACAUGUGGACAAGUGUUUCAGGAAAAUAUUUCCACCCGAACAACUAGCAAGUAUCACUGGAUUAAACGUAUCAAAGUGUGCAGAAAUGACGGAGAUUCGUUAUUCUAGGCCAAUUAAGGCGUAAUCAAGUAUUCAUUUGUGCAAUCUGAUGAAGUAUGUAUGUACAAUUACACAAUGUUGCCUUUUUAAAUAAAUUUUUAUGAUGAACAAACUUAA